CAAAUAUACAUUGUUUACGUGAAAAACCCGCCGGAGGCAAGAAUGAAUAAUAUGGAAUAUUCAAAUGAUGAUAUGGAGAAGUGGUAUGCGUCAUUUUUACCGGAUGAUGCUUUAAACAAUAUAGAAAGCUCGGAGGAUGAUCAGCAGCAGCCACGCAUGGUUUAUUCGUACCGACAUGUGGCGAGUGGUUUUGCAGCAAGAUUAACAGCUGAGGAAGUGAAAGCCAUGGAGAAGAAGGACGGAUUCAUUUCGGCGUUGCCGGAAAGGAUUCUGCCGUUGCAAACAACUCACAGUCCUGAGUUCUUGGGGUUGAGCAUGCAGGAGCCGGGAUUUUGGCAAGGCUCCAAUUUUGGAAAGGGUGUUAUUAUCGGAGUUUUGGACAGCGGGAUAUUGCCGAGUCAUCCUUCGUUUAGCGACGACGGAGUGCCUCCCCCGCCGGCGAAAUGGAAAGGCAAGUGUGAAUUCAAUGGCACAAAUUGUAACAACAAAAUAAUUGGCGCGAGAGUUUUCCGAGCAGGAACAAAGAUAACGGGACCUACACAAUUUGAUGAUUCAGGCCACGGCACCCACACAGCCAGUACUGCAGCUGGGAAUUUUGUAAACGAUGCCGCUGCAUUAUGGAAUGCUAAGGGUACUGCAGCUGGGAUUGCACCUUACGCGCACUUAGCAAUCUACAAAAUAUGCUACAAUAACGGUUGCGGUGAAAGCGACAUUUUAGCCGCGCUUGACUCUGCCAUUGAUGAUGGUGUGGAUGUGAUUUCCAUUUCUAUUGCCGGAGGCCCCGCUCCUUUCUACCAAGACGGCCUUGCACUGGGUGCAUUCCGUGCAAUCCAAAAGGGAAUUUUUGUGAGCUGUUCUGCCGGGAAUAGUGGUCCCAACCAUAGUACUUCAAUGAACUUGGCCCCAUGGAUUCUCACAGUUGGAGCAAGCACCAUAGACAGAAACAUAAGGGCGACAGCAAAGCUUGGAAAUGGGGAAGAAUAUGAUGGUGAAUCCCAAGUCCAGCCUCAAGAUUUCAAUCCAACCACAUUGUUGCCUCUUGUUUAUGCGGGUGAUUUUGAUGACCCGCCUUCGGCUGUAUGCGACCCGCCUACAUUGGCAAAGAUUGACGUGAAAGGAAAGAUAGUGUUAUGUGAAUCUGGUUGGAUCGGAGGAAAUAACAAAAGUAAAGCAGUUUCAGCUGCUGGUGGAGCUGCCAUGAUUAUCAUCAACUCACAGGUUGACGGCUACACUGUUAUGCCUGACCAUUACGUACUUCCCGCUACACAGGUUAGCCAUGCUGCAGGGUUGAAAAUCAAAGACUACAUCAAGUCAACCAAGGCACCAACAGCCACAAUCUUGUUUAAAGGAACUGUGAUUGGUGGGGAUAAGCCAUCGGCUCCAUCAGUCGCCUCCUUUUCUUCUAGAGGCCCAAACACGCUGAGCCCAGGGAUUAUGAAACCAGACAUUAUCGGACCCGGCGUUAACAUUAUAGCGGCAUGGCCAGUUCCUGUGGAGAGCAACAUUAAUUCGCAACCAACAUUUAAUUUGAUGUCCGGCACCUCAAUGUCAUGCCCUCACCUUAGUGGCAUUGCAGCUUUACUCAAGAAUUCACACCCUGAUUGGUCGCCCGCUGCCAUCAAGUCUGCAAUCAUGACCACCGCUGACGACACACUAACCGGGGGAGAAAAUCCCAUUACCGACGAAAAUCUUCUUCCCGCCGAUAUCCUUGCCACCGGCUCUGGCCAUGUUAACCCAUCAAAAGCAAACGAUCCGGGGCUUGUUUACGACAUCCACCCUGAUGAUUACAUUCCUUAUUUAUGUGGUUUGAAUUACGAUGAUCAAAUGAUGGCGGCUAUUGUGGCGGGGGAUAUCAAGUGCUCAGAAGUGAAAAGCAUACCUGAAGCACAACUGAAUUAUCCUGCGUUUGCAAUUACACUGGGGUCUAGUAGUGACACUCAAACUUACACACGGACGGUGACAAAUGUGGGGCGAGCUAACUCGACUUACAGUCCAGUUGUUUUUCCGCCUCGAGGGAUAGGCGGCAUAAACGUAACACCUGCAGAGAUGACAUUCACAGAGAUGAACCAGACGGCGACUUACACAGUGACGUUCAUCCCAACAAGCGACGCUGUCAAGCCGCAGGGUUUUGCUGAGGGAUAUCUCAUAUGGGUUUCUGAUCACUACUCCGUUAAAAGUCCAAUAUCUGUCACUUACGUAUGA